UACCACGCAAACUCAUCAAAUGGCUCACCCAAUCCAUCAAGCUAGUGAAAAUAGCCCUUUUGGAGAUCUCACAAGGGAAGAAUUCUACAAAACCCACAAUGUCAUUCACCAAGAAGAAUUCAUCCUCAACAAAAGAAAUAUGAAGAUCUUCACACAAUCUUGGAGACCAGAAGAUGCAACAAUGCCUCAGCUCAAAGGUCUAGUUGCCAUGGUCCAUGGUUACAUCUCUGAAAGCAGUUGGAUCUUCCAAUUAACUGCCAUAGCCAUUGCUAAAUUGGGUUUCUUUGUAUGUUCACUUGACAUGCAAGGCCAUGGCUACUCUGAUGGUUUAUACGGUCAUAUUCCGGACAUCGAACCGGUCGUCCACGACUGUAUCCAAUUUUUCGACACAGCCCGUGCUGAUCAUCCAAACCUCCCAGCAUUCCUAUAUGGUGAGUCACUAGGAGGUGCCAUUGCAUUACUCAUUGCCCUUAAACAAAAGGGGUUAUGGAGUGGUUUGGUCUUGAAUGGAGCCAUGUGUGGUGUGUCUCCAAGGUUCAAACCACCUUGGCCACUAGAAAAAUUUCUUCCAAUGGCGGCUUUCAUCGCUCCAACUUGGAGAGUAACAAUCACAAAACCAUUGGCGAACAAGUCUUAUAAGGAGGAAUGGAAGAGAAGAUUGGUUAAAAACAGCCCAAACCGCCGGAGUUGUUCCAGUAAGCCUCCAGCUGCCACUGCACUUGAAUUCCUAAAGGUGUGUGAAAAAAUAAGGAAAAGGUGCCAUGAAAUUGAAAUUCCUUUACUAGUGUUGCAUGGGGAAGGUGAUCUAGUGUGUGAUUCUGAGUCUGCAAGACUAGUUUAUGAGUUAGCUGAAAGUAAAGAUAAAACCCUUAAGAUCUUUCCUGGAAUGUGGCAUCAAUUGAUUGGUGAAACAAAAGAAAACGUUGAGCUUGCCUUUCAGACCAUUUUCUCAUGGCUUAGAGAUCAAGCUGACUUCGCAGCAGUAGUAGUACUGCCUUCCAUGAACAAGUUAUGA